AUGUCAACCACCGACGAGUCUGCGAUGCGGGCAGAACCUGAUUUACAAAAAUGUCCCCUUCCAAAUCCUAAAUUCCAACAACUCCAAGAAGACAGGUUCCGAUUCACUCCUGUCAAAGUUGUGAAGCCCGCCCCGCGCAUCUGGGAUCGCCAGCCUUCCACCCCGUUUCUGGCACGUCCCAAAUCGCGGAAGGUGUGGAAGCGCUUCCGCUCCUCAUUCAACAGUAUGAAGGCGCUGCAGCGCUUGAUUUCCGCGCAGAGUACUCCUGAUGAUCACGACGACCUAUACACCGAAAUCAACACGUCGCGGAAUGAAGAUUACAUGCGCGGCGUCAAGAGACGGUGUCUCGUGCAUGAUUCUGAGGAACAGGUAGAGACAAAGGCGUCCCGAGGACGCUCUUUUCUAGAGACAAAAUGGGAGUCAGAGGCCAGUGGGAAAAGGCGUAAAUUUCCCGCCUAUCGCAGUCUCGUGCACAGCCCCGAGCCUAUCGUAGCCGAUUCUCAGGCGCUAGGGGCCAGCGACAACGAUGACAGCGAUACGAGUUAUCAAAACGCACCCGAUGCUGCCACGUCAGGUGAUGAAAACUUGCCGGAUACGGCUGAAAGCGACGAAUCGAUGGAUGGUAGCCCAGACACGCCUACCAGAUUGGCUGCUCCCGCGGCCUAUCCCUGCACGCUACAUGGUUUACAAAGUGGGAUGGAUGGAAUCACUGCCGAUAUAAAGGGAUCUGAUGAUCUCAGUCAGCCCCAGGCUGACCUGCCUGGGUCUAGCUCUCUAGAAGCUGGUCCUUCGGAGAAUAUAAAGGAGCAGGAAAAUGAUGCUGUUUUGGAUACAAUGACGGAUGAUCUACAAUCUGGACUAUGCGAAUCACAAACUUCUGCAACGGUGUCUCCAGAGAGUGUGCAGCAGAUAGACGCCACAGAACCACCAGCAGCGGCACCCGUGCAGGACCUGACUGCAGAACAGGAGUCGACUUUGGUCCGAUCGGCACUACGGAGCUCUUUGGAUGGCGAGGAUGCCGAGUUACUCAAUAACUUUUUGUCCAAAGCGAAAGCCAAACGAGAGGCCAAAGCCGCAGCAGCCGCGAUGGUUACGCAGGAUACAGAAGAGAAGGCCGACCCGGAAUACGUGGAGAUCCCCGAAAUUCCCACACCGCAAGGUCGUCGGGUCCUGGAGGAUCUGGAUGCCAAUUCACCCUCACCGCAGAAAGCCCAGUUGUCGCCAUCCAAGGCUGCGGGCAAGGAUAUUGACGAAAAUGAAGAUCAGCUGUCUUCCAGUCCCCGUCGAAGCACCCGAACUCGUAGUGUCAAGCCCCCGCCGCGGAUGACUACUACGACUACGGCGGCUCGCAACACCUUGACGCUUCGUCGCGCGAAGGGAACCGAAUUCGUCUUUCUUAAAAAGACCGAAGCCCAGGAACUGGCACUGGCGACUCGUCGGAACACGCGAAAGAAUAAAGGAGAUGCGAUGUUGCCGAAGUAUACGCUACAGACUUUGGCUCAACAAACAUCGGAUUCCGAUGCCACAUCCGAUGACGACAAAUCUGCACGCGAUCCUGGUCGGCGGCGGGCGUCCGCAAAGAGGGUGUCAUGGAACGACGAGCGACUCGUUGAGUACGAAGGUGAGAGUGGAGAGGGGAGUAGCGAUGACGCUGCUGGCCGAGGAGGGAAAUCUAAAAAUUCAGAGAAAAGAAAGGCGGCCAGUAGCCGCACGACGCGUUCGCAGGAUCCGUCGAAGACUGGUGGUGACACCGUGCCGGCUGCAUCGACUACUGCAGCGACUACUGCAACUCCUCGACCGCGGCGUGUGCGGCGACUAGGAACACCCAAACCUACUGCAGCCGUUGACGCCAGUGCAUCUCCGUCCACCAGCAUGAGCCCGCCCGAAACACGCAAAAAGCUGAUCCCUAAGUCUCCCCGAACGGCAUUAGCGGGGAGUGGCGCAUCGAAAAAAUCUCCCGUGUCAGCACCCGGAGUGACACUCGAGCGUCAGGAGACAGUAGCUCACUGA